AUGGAGGACCCACGAGAAAAGGCCUAUAAGGCUGUCACAUAUUCUGCUGUCACUUUUUCAUUUCUUGCUAUUUUGUCAGGUUAGUGUGGAUUUUUUGAAAAUUUUUUUUGUUGAAGUUUUGCUUGUUGAGAUUAUGGAAUAUUUGAGAUGAAAUCUGAAAAUUCAACGGGAAAUUUCAGAAUCUUCAGAUUCUGCGCAAUAUUUGAGUCAAAAUGACUCAUUUGAAAAUGAUUUUGAAAAUGAGUCUUUCUAGGCUUAUUCCAGCCCAUUUUCACCCAAAUUUUGAGCUGAAUUUGAAAAAUACAGAAUUUUCAGAUUAGGCCCAAUAUUUGGGUCAAAAUGAGCCUGAAUAAGCCUGGACUUAGGCUUGUAUCUAGGCUUAUUCUAUCUCAUUUUCGCCCAAAUUUUGAGCUGAAUCUGAAAAUCAGCGUUGAAUUUCAGAAUUUUUAGUCUUUGCCCGAAAUUCAGAUCAAAAUAAGCCUGAAUAACCCUUAGCCUUGUUCCUAGACUUAUUUCAGCUCAUUUUCACCCUAAUUUUGAGCUGAAUCCAAAAAUCAGCGUUGAAUUUCAUGAAUUUUCAGUCUUCCCCCAGAAUUCAAAUCUCAAAAACCAUUUUUUUUGCAGUAUGCAUAUCAAUGCCAAUUGUCUACAAUUUCGUCGAUUCAAUUCAUCAACAAACAAAAAGAGAUAUGACAUUUUGUAAGGUGAGAAAACCUUCUUUUUUCCCUUUGAUCGAAAAAAAUUCUGCCAUUCAUCUUUUUCUUCUAAGUGCGCGUGUUCCAGCUAUUUGACCGAGGAGGUGCGCGAAGAAUUUCAAACCGGAUUUUUUCUUUUUUUUGAAUUUUUUUCGUUGUAAUAAUAGUAAUAAUAUUAUUUUAUUAAUAGAAAAAAAAAUUAGGAAGAUUAAAAAAUCAUCUGAACACUUUUUUGUAGUUUGAUCUUGUGGUCUGAUUUAUCCCAAGUGUUUUUUUUUGUAGAAAUGAAUUUUGAAUUUCACAUUUGUCGAAAUCAAAUUGCCAAGUCAGAGGUCACGUGAAAAAUAUUGAAAAAUGAAAUUUUUUGAAAAUUUUCUCACCUAGAAGAUAUCAAAAAACAUUUCCAAAAUGGGCCAAAAAAUUCUCUUGUCUGAUUUCUAGGGCUUAAAAUUAGAUGAGCUAUUUUUGAAUCUUCCCACCAAAAAUCACCCAAUUUUCAGUCAACAGCUCGUGACAUAAUGUCUGAAAUUUCGCACAAGAAACCAAUCGUCGCCGCCAUCGCCGGAAACCUGACAACUAUCCGCGCGAAACGUCAAUCAGGCGGUUGCGCAGGCUGCUGUAAACCAGGUCAUCCAGGUCGACCAGGCCUUCCAGGCCGAAAUGGGCGGCCCGGAGUUCCAGGUGCUCCAGGAAGACCAGGAACACCAGGAAGACCGCCAAUUGUUUGCGAAGAGCAAGACAUUCCACCAUGCAAUCCUUGCCCACCAGGUUCUCCGGGACCACAAGGACCACAAGGACCAUCUGGACAACCGGGACGGCCUGGAAAUCCAGGACGACCAGGAGCACCAGGAACACCGGGACCAGUUGGACCGAAUGGAGCGCCAGGAGAUUCAGGAAAUCCAGGAAAUGAUGGAGAGCGUGGAGAGCCUGGGCGACCAGCACAAUCGACACCUUCGACACCUGGAGAGCCUGGAAAUCCGGGAGAGGCUGGAAAUAGCGGAGCACCGGGAGAUGAUGGAGCACCUGGAAGAGAUGGACAACCUGGACAAGCUGGGCCACCUGGGCCACCAGGACCACCUGGAAAUACUGGGCCGGGUGGAGCACCUGGUAAACCAGGACAACCUGGACUUCCUGGACCACAAGGAGAGAGAGGUGAGUAGAGCUUAGGUUUAGACUUCAGGCUUAGGCUUAAGGCUCAAGGCUUAGGUUAGGUUUAAAGCUUAUUCCUAGGCCCAUGAUUCAGGCUUAAGAAAAAUCCUAACCCCAAAAUAUUUCCAGGAAUUUGCCCGAAAUACUGUGCUUUGGAUGGUGGUGUCUUCUUCGAAGAUGGAACUCGACGAUAA